CUUCUUUUCACCCUCUCAGUGAAGUCACAAAUAAUAUUCUUCUACAGACCACCGAAACGGGACCAAUCCUCCUGCGCCGCCACCGCUUUGCCGUCCAUGGCCUCCGCCGCCAGCACCGCCGCCGCCGGGGCCCCGCUGCGCCUCCUCUCCUCUUCCUCCGCCCGUCUCUCAAAGCCCCUCCUUCCCCGCCCCCACUGCCUCACCCUCUGCUCCCCCAUCUCCUUCCAGCGCCUCACGGCCCGGUCCGCCGCCUCCCCGUCCCCGUCCUCCUCCACCACUUCCUCCUCCCCAUCCGGCUCUGGCUCCGUUGACCCGUCGCAGCUUCCCCCAGCGCUCCGCGACAUCGUCGGCCUCUUCCAGUCCGUCCCCGACGCGCGCACCCGGUACAAGCAACUCCUCGCCUACGCCGCGCGGCUGCCGCCGAUGGACCCGGCGCUCAAGACCGACUCCAACCGCGUCCGGGGGUGCGUCUCCCAGGUCUGGGUCCACGCCGAGCCGCAGGAGGGCGACGGCGGCGGCCUCAGCGUCAGGUUCCAUGCCGACUCCGACGCGCAGCUCACCAAGGGCCUGGCCGCGCUGCUCGUGCUCGGGCUCUCCGGUGCGCCCGCGGCGGAUGUGGCCAAGGUGCCCGUGGAGUUCAUUGAGCUGCUGGGGAUAAGGCAGAGCCUCUCGCCCUCCAGGAACAGUGGCCUGCUCAACAUGCUCAACCUCAUGAAGCGCAAGGCCCUCGAGAUCGCUGCAGACGCUGGUGGUGAUUCGACGACGAGCCAACAAUCAGCCCAGGAAGUUGCUGAACCACGUGCUGAGGGCAUGGAGAACAAAGGGUCCGAAUUUGCGGCAUUCGGUGCGCAAGAGGAUGAGAAAUUGGUGGCAGAUAUGCCUAGUCAGGAGGAACAAUUGGAGGAAGUGCCAGAUAAUUUUGUUGAAGGGAAUGGUUCUUCUUUGGGGGGUGGGAGGAAAGAGAGGAUAAGGGAGAGUCUGGAGCGCGCACUUUCGCCCGUGGAGUUGGAGAUUGAGGACAUAUCGCACCUCCACAAGGGCCAUGCUGGGGUGGCAGGGAGCAACGGGGAGACACAUUUCAAUGUGAGGGUGGUGUCGAAGGAAUUUGAGGGGAAGAGCUUGCUCAAGAGGCACAGGGCUGUGUAUGAUCUCCUGCAGGAUGAGCUUAAGGCUGGGUUGCACGCACUGUCAAUCGAUGCAAAGACUCCAUCCGAAGUUUAGCAUUAUCAAAAUAUGGGAACAAGUGGAUGCAAACUAAAGAUCAUCUAUCAGGCUAUAUGAUCAAGUAACAAACAAGGUACAAACUUGACAACAAUGAAAAUUUUGCUUGAGAGAAGUUACGACAGGAAAGAGGGACUGUAUAGAUUCAGAUGUUUUUAAAUGGAUUUUAGAAGUUACCUACUGCGAGAUAGGUAAAAGAACAUAUACUAUCCCAUGUUAUCUUUCUCUGUGAUCAACCUGUUGAUUUUGGCCCAGUGUACUACAAUGCUAGGCAUUAAAAUAACUGCAAUUUAGAAACUAGCAUUUCUUUUUUUAAAUAAAAACUAGCAUUUGUUUUUAUCAGACACACAGACAUGUUUGUGUAGACUCUUUCCAUAGUGUUGUUCGUGUUCAAGUAAGGAUGAUGUGCAUGUCAACUAGGAACCAUCUCUUUAGCUUUGGAACCCCACCUGGUUUUGCACAGCUGAUGAAUCUUGCCAAAUUUGGAAUGAAAAGGUUAAAGUGCACCUGCCUAAUGUCAUUGGCUAUGAAAUUGAUAAACCAUAGUAUAAAUAAUAUUGUACGAUAUUGUUUAACCAUAGUGUAAAUAAAAUUGUGAAGUUUUUCCACAGUAAUUCUCUCUGGAAUAAAAUAUGUGUUCCACUUAUCAGAAAAAAUCGCACCCAGUUUGUAAAAUUUCAGUUUUUAGAAGUGUAAUUGUUGAAUCAAGGUAGAUCAAAUUGAAUAAAUCAGAGACAAAUUGGCACUUCUUUUCUCCUCCCUCCCUUGGCCACACGUGUCUCCGCUCCGGUUGUGCCUUGCCUCUGCUACAGCUUGACCUGGCCCUGCUGCCCUACCCCGCCUGUGCCCGGCCUCCGCUCUGCCUCGCCUGCACCCUGGUGCCGCUCCGCGCCACCGGCGCCCCAGCUCUGCUCGGCUUGCCGCUCCACAUGGGCCUUGGGGCACCGUCCCGCCCGUGUGUUGCCACUGUUGUGCUCUGCCCACCAUUGGUUGCUUUCUCUCUCCAUGUUUGAUGGGCAAAACAAGUAUCAUUGAUAAGUUGCUUGACAAUCUGAUUUAAAUUCUCUGGAAUGAAGAUGCUUAAGCUGGAGCAACUACAAUUUCUUGGACAAGCUAUCUAUCAUUUAUCAUUUGUGUCAGAGUGAAUGAUGGAUUCUUCUCAAUCCUCUUUAGCAGGUGAAUGUUGUUGGAGCCUGUCAUUGGUGGAAAGAAAGCACGUGGAGAGAAAGUUCAGCGGCAUUUGUGGGGCUGAGAGCGGACACAAUAUUGAACAUCUAGGUGUCAAAUCGCAAUCAGAGCACCUUUUCAAAUGUGUAGUUGUUUGAAGAACGGGGCAUCAACACUUUUCACGUUACAAUGUGCAGCCCACUGCUGGAAACGGCAAUGGUGCUAGUUGGAAAAUAUGGAACAACGGGGUUCAUUCUUUUUCUUUCCUUCAAGUAAUUCGACAUGCAGUCUUUCUCUUUUUCUUUCCUUUAAAUAAUUCGAUAAUCGGUCAUCUCUUUUUUAAUUA